AUGUAUCCAGCUCUCUCUCUCUCUCUCUCUCUCUCUCCCUCACUCCCUAUCUCUCCCUUUCCUCGCAAACUGUUAUGUUCUUAUACGUCGAAAUCGACGGGAAUGCUCUCUCUCUCUCUCUCUCUCUCUCUCUCUCUCUCUCUCUCUCUCUCCAUAUAUACCCGUUUCCUUCCUUUCUCGUGUUCUUCUUUCAUCAGGCUGGUCUACACAUCGUUUGUAUUGACAGUAUUCCUUGCGAUUGUACACGUCUUCCUUCUUCUUCUUCUUCUUCUUCUUCUUCUUCUUCUUCUUCUUCUUCUUUAUCAGUUAAUCUUCUUUUCAUUCUAUUUCUUUUUUCUUCUUCUUCUUCUUCCUCUUUUUAUCUCGAAUUCUUCUUUUAAAGCAUUUCAUUUCCCGUUUAUUUUAAAGUAUCUUAUCUAUUUAUCUGUUUGCCAUAAUCCUUCCUUACUAUUAAUUUCUUUCACUUCUUCUCCUUGUUCUUUUAUUAUUCAGGGUACCCUCCUCUUUUGCCUUAUUCCCGUGAUUGCACAUAACUUUCUUCUUUUUCUUUUAUUUUGUUCCUCUUUAGAACUUAUUUUCAUCAGUCACACUAAAACCUCCUUUUCUUUUCUGUCAUCCCAUGUGGCUUCACAUUUCUUCUUUUUCUUCUUCUCUAGACAUCCCUUUUAUACAAUGCCACAUCCAUUCCUGUUCGUUUUCUUUUUCUUCUUCUUCUUCUUCUUCUUCUUCUUCAAUUCAUUAUGA